AUGCAGCUACCCGAUUACCAGCCAUAUAUCAAUGGCUUGCUCAGACAGUUUGCCUUUAGUGAAGAGGGAGCUGUAUUGCGCAUUGUGCUAUCUGCCAGCACCAAGGUGAUAUACAAUCUGCUGUUCCACAAACUUGCCGAAUUUCCAGGGCCUCUGUUAGCCCGGUCAACGCUGAUAUGGCGAAUCUACUAUUCCCUCGGCGGCCGGUUUCACGUUGCCAUCCACGAACAACACCGCAAAUAUGGCCCAGUAGUUCGGAUUUCUCCUAACGAACUGUCUUUCGCAUCGGUCGAGUCCUGGAAGGCUAUCUACGGCCUCCAGCCACCUGGCACUCCUACGCCCAUCAAAUCCGAGUUCUACGACAUAUACGGCGCCGGAUUCAGCUCGCUAUGCAUCGGCAGCGAGAGAAACCCCCAGAAACACAGCCAGAUGCGCAAGAUGCUCUCAGCGGCGUUUGCGACAAAAGCGCUAGUAGAACAGGAAGCUAUAUUUUCUGACGUGGUGGAUCAAUUUAUCACUUCUAUUGGGCAGGUAGGGGGUUCUGACUCGAAGGGUAUCAACAUGAGCAAGUGGUUUGAGAUGGUGUCGUUUGAUAUUCUUGGUGAAAUGGCUUUUGGAGAGUCUUUCCAUUGCAUUGAUACCGGCAAACCGCACUUCUGGUCUGAGCUUAUCACCAGUCAUUUGUACUUCAUUACGCUAGUGGACAACUUGCGUCGAUUCCCAAUGGUUGUUGCCUUGACGAAGCUGCUAUUCCCAUCCACGCUUGCGGUGCGAAACAAGAACUCGGAGUAUAGUCGCCAACAGGUCGCAAAGCGCCUAGAAAAAGAUUCCAAUCGAAAAGACUUCUUGUCCACAGUUGUCAAGAAUUUCCGCGCGGGAAACGUCAGCAAAGAGGAGAUGACCGCGCAUGUGUCCACCCUGACCAUCGCCGGAGGGGAGACGGUUUCGACCUGCCUUGCAGGAACUACAUACUAUCUGCUGAGGAAUCCAGAUUGUUUGGCGAAACUGCAGCGCGAAAUCGUCGACCGGUUCACCUCCUGGGAAGAAAUCAACGGAACAGCUGCACGACAACUCCCGUACCUGCAAGCUGUCAUCAACGAAGGACUUCGAAUGUACCCGCCGGGACCUCAGGGCUUCCCUCGUCUAUCUCCGGGUAUGAAAGUGGGCGACUAUUGGGUCCCUGAAGGAGCCGAGGUCUACACCAGCGCAUAUACAGUGACCCAUGAUGAGCAAUACUUCGCGGAACCAAUGAAGUUCAAGCCUGACAGAUGGCUGGAUUCACACUCUACAGAUGUCAAGGAAGCUAGCCAGCCUUUCUCGCUGGGCACGCGGGGCUGCUUGGGGCAGAAUUUUGCGUAUAUGGAGUUGAACUUGAUUCUGGCCAAGAUGAUCUGGAAAUACGAUUUGGAACUGGUCAACAAAGAUUUGGACUGGGAGGGACAGAGCCAUAUGCAUGUUAUGUGGUGGAAGCCCAAGUUGAUGGUUCGGUUUACGGAAAGGACCUGA